UUAUUAUAGUGUUAUUUGUUGGCGGUGGUGUGUGUGUAGAUUUUUGUUGUUUUAAUGUGUACUUGUUUUCUCGUGUAUGAUUUAGAUUAAGAUAAGUUACUUGGCGGUGGUGCUUUCUGUCUUAAGUAAUAUAACCAUCAACUCACAUAUUCUUUAUUUUUAUGGUAUGAUUUUUCCUGUUUAUAUAUCUUAAUUUGGGUAGGUAACGACCAUGCUAAGGACAACAGUAGCUCCAGAACACUCCACAAGGAUUACUCCUUCAUGGCUGCCACAUCGAAAUCACUCUAAUUCCCGCAUAACAUUUAUUAACCAUCAUCAUAAGUCCCUAGUGAAGAGUUCGAAGAUGACGGUGACACCUAGGAUAUCGGUUAACGACAGUAAUCUGAUGGUUCAUGGGAAGACCAUACUGAGUGAAGUUCCAGACAACAUUGUGCUAACACCAGGAACUGGAAAGGACAUUGUGACUGGUGCUUUUAUUGGUGCCACUGCUUCCAACACCAAAAGUCUUCAUGUCUUUCCAAUUGGUGUCUUACAGGAUCUUCGAUUCUUGUGUUGCUUCCGGUUCAAGUUAUGGUGGAUGACACAUAGAGUGGGAACUUGUGGGAGGGAUAUCCCUUUGGAGACUCAAUUCAUGCUUAUAGAGACCAGAGAAAGUAGAAAUCAACAGCAAAAUUCUCCAGUUAUCUACACUGUCUUGCUUCCUCUUUUGGAAGGCCAGUUUCGUGCUGUCCUACAAGGAAAUCACAAAAAUGAGAUAGAGAUUUGCCUAGAAAGUGGAGAUCCUUCUGUUGAGACAAAUCAAGGCCUUCACCUGGUCUACAUGCACGCUGGGACCAAUCCCUUCGAAGUCAUCAACCAAGCUGUCAAGGCUGUUGAAAAACAAAUGCAAACUUUCCUUCACCGUGAGAAGAAAAGAUUGCCGUCUUUUCUUGAUUGGUUUGGCUGGUGCACAUGGGAUGCUUUCUAUACCGAUGUGACAGCUGAGGGUAUCGAGGAAGGCUUGAAAAGCCUAUCAGAGGGAGGCACAUCUCCACGGUUCCUCAUCAUUGAUGAUGGUUGGCAACAGAUCGAGAGUAAACCAAAAGAUGCCGAUUGUGCUGUACAAGAAGGAGCACAGUUUGCAACUAGGUUGACUGGUAUUAAAGAAAACACCAAAUUUCAAAAGAAUGGUGAGAGUAAUGGCCUGAAGCAUGUUGUGGAUCAAACAAAGCAACGCCACAAUGUGAAACAUGUUUAUGUUUGGCAUGCUCUAGCUGGUUAUUGGGGUGGAGUGAAGCCGGCUGCAAUUGGAAUGGAACAUUACGACACUUCCUUGGCAUACCCAAUACAUUCUCCAGGCGUCCUAGGCAACCAACCAGACGUCGUCAUGGACAGCUUGGCUGUCCAUGGCUUAGGUCUGGUUCAUCCGAAGAAGGUCUUCGAUUUCUACAACGAGCUUCAUGCUUAUUUAACUUCGUGUGGAGUAGAUGGAGUGAAGGUUGAUGUGCAAAACAUUAUUGAGACCCUUGGUUCAGGACAUGGUGGCAGAGUCUCAAUCACACGUAGCUAUCAUCAAGCGCUUGAGGCUUCUAUUGCUCGAAAUUUUCGCGACAAUGGAUGCAUUGCCUGCAUGUGUCACAAUACCGAUGGCCUCUAUAGUGCCAAGCAGACUGCUGUUGUGAGAGCCUCCGAUGACUUUUACCCACACGAUCCUGCUUCCCACACCAUUCAUGUUUCGUCUGUUGCGUAUAACUCAAUUUUCCUUGGGGAAUUUAUGCAACCUGACUGGGACAUGUUUCAUAGUUUACAUCCAGCAGCCGAGUAUCAUGCUGCAGCUCGUGCAAUCAGUGGAGGUCCAAUUUAUGUCAGUGAUAAGCCAGGAAGGCACAAUUUUGAUCUUCUAAAGAAACUAGUUCUUCCCGAUGGCUCAGUUCUCCGCUCUCAGUUACCUGCCCGACCUACUCUUGACUCUCUCUUUGUUGAUCCAGCAAGAGAUGGAAAUAGCUUGCUCAAAAUAUGGAAUUUGAACAAAUGUAGUGGAGUGGUUGGUGUAUUUAACUGUCAAGGUGCUGGGUGGUGCAAGAUAGAGAAGAAAAACCGUAUUCAUUGUGAAACCCCUGGGACACUUAGUGGCUCUGUUUGUACUUCUGAUGUUGACCUCAUUGCUCAAGUAGCUGGUGCUGAUUGGAACGGUGAUGCAGUUGUUUAUGCUUACAAAUCGGGUGAAUUAAUUCGGCUACCAACAGGUGCUUCAUUGCCGGUGACUCUAAAAGUUCUAGAGUAUGAGCUUCUCCAUUUCUAUCCAAUCAAGGAAAUCGCGCAAGGUAUUUCAUUUGCGCCGAUAGGGCUAUUGGAUAUGUUUAACACUGGAGGAGCUGUGGAACACUUUGAAAUCCACAAAGCAAGUGAAGUGCAUGAUGGAGGUUUCAGUUCUAACAAUUCUGAAAAAGCAAUAACAGCAUUUGUUAGCCUCAGAGUGAGGGGAAGUGGAAGAUUUGGAGUUUACUCCUCCCAGAGGCCAUCGAAGUGUGUGGUGGACGACAAUGAAACUGAGUUCAACUAUGAGUCAGAGUCUGGAUUGACAACUUUCUACAUCCCAGUUCCAGUUAAGGACAUGUAUAUAUGGUCAUUAGAGAUACAUGUAUAAUGGUUGCUUCUUAUGAAUUAAUAAAAUCAUGAUUUUCAGUCAA